CUUAACACAGUCUUACACAGAUCGCUUCACUUUUACACGAAGCCCCUCGCAAUUCUUCGACCUCCUAAACUCCCCCAUCGCGAUCCCUCUCCUCCUCCUCUUUCCCCAAUCUCGCGCGACGCGGCGGAACCCUAGCCCCCACCGCGAUUCGCUCGCCGGAGAGGGAGAGGGAGGGAAGGGAGGCUAGGGGACCCCCUCGCCGGCGGCGGAGAUGGAGGUGAAGCUGUGGAACGACAAGCGGGAGCGGGAGCUCCUGGAGAGCCUCGCCGACCUGUACGCCAUCAUCAAGGCGACGGAGAAGCUGGAGCGCGCCUACGUCCGCGACCUCGUCUCCGCCGCCGACUACGAGGCCGAGUGCCUCAAGCUCAUCUCCCAGUUCAACUCCCUCUCCUCCUCGCUCGCCGGCGUCGUCACCAUCCCCCGGUUCGUCGAGGCCUACCGCCUCGACUGCCCCGCCGCCCUCAACCGCCUCGUUCAGUCCGGCGUCCCCGCCACCGUCGAGCUCCGCGCCGCGGCGUCCUCGUCCGCGCCGGCCUCCUCCGCGGCGUCCGCGGCCGCCAUCGCCCAGUGCGUCCAGAGCUUUAUUACCGCCAUGGAUGCCGUCAAGCUCAACAUGCUCGCCAACGACCAGGUCCGCCCCUUGCUCCACGACCUCUCGACCUCCAUGGGGAAGCUGGGCCCCGUCCUGCCGCCGGACUUCGAAGGGAAGGUCAAGGUGAGCGAGUGGCUCGCCAAGCUAAAUAAGAUGGGGGCCGGGGAUGAGCUCACCGAGCAACAGGCAAGGCAGCUCAACUUCGAUCUGGAUUCGGCGUACAGUGCGUUCAUGGCAUCACUGCCCAGCACCGGCCUAUGAGCAAGCCUCAUCCUGGUUCUGAGUUGGUUUCUUCUUUUUAUUUUUCUCAUGUGUUUUUCUAUGGAUCACCGCUGCAGUGUUAUAGCCUUAUAGGUAUGUGUAACUUGAAUUGUGCUAUAUUAUUUGUCAAUAAUAGUGCCAAUUUUGUGGUAACACAUGCUGUUAUAAUGAGUUCUGUGGCCUAUUGGUUAUAUAUAUUGUACCGUUCCGGAUUCUCACUUCGUGAGAUUACCUGAUCCUUAUACGAAUUAUCUGAAUGAUUGCGCUCA